AUGACACUGAUGUCUCGCAAUUUCUUUUUCUUGCUCGUCGUUGGGGCAAUCCAGGCCGCCGCAACACCAUACAAUGCCACUGUUCUCCUCACCCAACUCAACUCUACCCUUAAUGGCCGGGUCCAACUUUCUAAGCCACUCGCAGCGCCGUGUUUUUCCGAGCCAAGCGGCGCUCCUUGCCUCGCGGUGAAGAAGCAACUCAAGGCCCCACUGGGAUUUUAUCACAGCAACAAGUAUCAAGGGUUUCAGUACAUGCAAGGAGAAGCGUGCCUUGCCGAUCCGAACGAUCAAUGCCUCCUCGAACCAGGUACACUCGACACCCCUGGCAACGCUUCCUGUAACCAGGGACUAGUCUCGUCUCUCUACGUCGAGAUUAACGGGGCUACUGACGUGCCGAAAAUAUUCGAAUACGCACGAACGUCAGGUACAACCUUAUCCAUCAAAAACAGCGGCCACGAUUAUGUUAUGCGCAGCAGCCGCCGUGGCUCACUAGCAAUCUGGACCAGGGGGCUGCAAGGGAAAAGGUUCCAUGCGUCAUUUACCCCCGCGGGCUGUUCGAACAGUCACCGAACAACGGCCAUCACGUUUGGGGCGGGCGUAAACACUGACGAGGCAGUCACCUUUGCUCACGACAACGGCUUCGUCUUCGAUGGGGGUAGUGCCAGUACCAUUGGUGUUUCAGGCGGGUGGCUCCUCAACGGCGGCCACAGCGUGCUCUCCAACAAUAUCGGUCUGGCCGUGGACCGUGUGGUUCAGUUGACCAUUGCUACUGCGGACGGGAACAUUCGAAUUGCCAACCAGUGCCAAAACUCAGAGCUGUUCUGGGCCCUCCGUGGUGGCGGUAGCGGUUCCUUCGGCGUCGUACUUAGCUCCACGUUCCGAGUCGAUCCGGAGACCCGUAUCACGGCUGCUAUUUUGGGAUUUGAAGCGAACCCGGAUGUCCAAAAACGAUUCGUGGAGAUUCUUGCGGAGAACAUGCCAAGCUGGGCCCUGGAAGGUUGGGGCGGUCCCGUAGGGCCAAACCUCGCGAUUCUCGUCAACCCUCGCAGCGAUGUGGACGUCUCAACGGCGGACAAGACACUCGCCCCUUUGGUGGCACACACUUUGGCACAGCAUGGAAAGGCGGCUAUCACAUCAUACAACAGUUAUUAUGACUUCUACAAAGCCGUUAUCAACGGCACUCAUGCCGCCAUAGUCCCUGUGAGUGUGGCUGUCAUGGUUACCAGCCGGGUUAUCCCCGAGACCGUCUUCGUCAACGAUACAGCGCGAGCGAGUAUGGUUGAUGCGAUUAUGGGCUUGCAGAAGUCGGGAUUGGCUGUGUCCAUGUUGUCAACUAUGCCAUUUCUCUACGGCCGCCGUCAGACCCAACGGAUGACAUCGGUCCAUCCGACAUGGUAUCGCUCUGUAUGGUCUGUGGUCGCUUAUGCUAUGUGGAACGCCGAUAGCUCUUUUGAAGAAAGGCAGAAGACGGUCACACUGUUGCAAAAAGAGACUCAAAGUCUGAAGCAACUCGCCCCUGAGGGAUGCACCUACGCCAAUGAGGGUUAUGCUUGGCUUGCGGGCUGGUCGCAAGAGUUCUGGGGCGAAAACUACGAUGCUCUGUUGGAACUCAAGAAACGCUAUGAUCCAUACCGACUUUUGAGUUGCUGGCAUUGUGUGGGAUGGGACGAAUCACACCCGAACUACGAGUGCAUCUCAGGGCUGGCUCCGAGGGUCAACUGA